GGAAACGAGUUGUAUGGGGCGGCGCCGUUCCUUCUUCGCCAUACUUGCACAGGGAAGAGCAACAGAAGCACUUAUUCUGCAAGCGCCUGGGAAAAAACAGCAGGAAAACGACAUGGCUGAGGACGAUUUGACUCCGGAGCAGCUAGCAGCCAUCGCUGCGGAGAAUGACGUAGGCGAGACGGUCAACUACAAGCCCCCGGCCCAGAAGACCCUGCAGGAGAUCCAGGAGCUGGACCAGGAUGACGAGAGUCUCCGGAAGUACAAGGAGGUUCUGCUAGGAGCCGGCGCUGCUGCUGUCGCUGAUCCCAGUGUUCCCAACGUCCAGGUGACACGGUUGACACUGAUGUGUGAGACUGCCCCGAACCCACUGACCCUUGACCUGCAAG